GAAAUGCCGGUCACAGGGGGCCGGAAGUGACGUCGCGCGCCGGCGGGGAGCGCCGCCGGUGGCGCGGCGGGGGGACGGGAACAGGGGCGCCGCUCGGCGGUUGUGCCGGUAGCAGCCGCGUGUCCGGUACCUGGGGAGGGGCGGGAAGGGGAGGGUUCGAGGGGACCCGCCGAGCCACAUCCCAAGACGGGCCCUGGCUCCAAAUCGACCCUUCAGCCGGCCCCUGGCCCCACACAGGGGAGGCGUCCUGCGGGGGACGCCAAUCCCGGGGGAUCCCCCGUCUGCGGGGUCCCCGAGGCGCCGGGCAGAGCGGUUCCCGGGGCGGGGAGGAGGGCUCUGCGCCCCCAAAACCGAGAUGUGCUCCCCCCUUCCCACGGAGGCCCGGGCCUGACGCCGGUGGUGGAGGAAGGGCCAGGCGCUUCCCUUCCCCGCCCCGUGAGUCAGCUGUGGAGCCUCAGCCCCGCCCGGGCUUUUAGGGAUCCCUCCCCUUAGCCGAGGAUCCCCCUGAGCCGUGUCCCGGCAGGGAUCUCGCCUGUCCGGUUCGUUGUGUUCCAGCGCCGCGCCGGGAUGAAGCCCAGUGGCACGUACAAACAGCUGGACCCACUGGAGGGCCAUGGGCCGCAGCCCACAUGCUUCCCACGGAAGUGCUCCCGUGGCACAUUGCUCUCUGCCAUCCUCCUCACGCUCUUCGGCCUCGCCUUCCUUCUUCUCUGCCAUCUCCGUCUGAGCUCAGCCCCCCGCCACGGUGCCGGCGGCUCCUGCGGCGACACGUGCCGGGUUGUGCUGGUGGAAAGCAUCCCAGAGGGAAUGACCUUCGGGCAUGGCUCCGUGAUGAAUCCAUCCACCUUCUCCACGUGGAUGAACCUCCUGGGGACGGCCACCCGCAGCUUGGACAUCGCCUCCUUCUACUGGACCAUGACCAACGAGGACACACGGACACAUGAGCCCUCCGCCACCCAGGGUGAACAAAUCCUGGAGCAGCUACUGCAAUUACCUCGGCGCGGUGUCGCUGUCCGAGUCGCCGUCAGCCACCCGUCAGCCAAAUCGCCCCUGAGCGAUCUCCGAGCGCUGGAGCAGAGCGGUGCUGUGGUGCGUGCUGUCGAUAUGCCGCGGCUCACCGGCGGCGUGCUGCACACCAAGUUUUGGCUCGUCGAUGGCACCCACCUCUACAUUGGGAGCGCCAACAUGGACUGGAGGUCUUUGACCCAGGUGAAGGAGCUUGGUGCUGCCGUCUAUAACUGCAGCUGCUUGGCCGAGGAUUUAGGGAAGAUCUUUGAAGCUUACUGGGCUCUUGGCGUUCCUGGCGCUUCCAUCCCGGUGCCGUGGCCGGCAAAUUAUUCCACCACCUUCAACGUGGAGACGCCUUUGGAGCUGAAGCUCAACGACACCGAUGCCGCCGUCUACUUCUCGAGCUCCCCGCCUGCUCUCUGUGCUGCUGGCCGCACCCAGGACCUCGGUGCCCUCCUCAACGUCAUCGAUACCGCUGAGGACUUUGUGGACAUCGCUGUGAUGAGCUACCUACCCACCACCGAAUUCUCCCGCCCCCAAAGGUGCACGCAGACCCAUGCCAGGCCCAGCUCGCCGGCGUCAGCGCCGCCUAACCGUUUUCUCUCCCCCAGGUUCUGGCCGGCGAUCGACAACCGCCUGCGGAAAGCUGUCUUUGAACGCCGGGUCAAGGUUCGGUUGUUGGCAGGUUGCUGGCGGCACAGCCAAGUCUCCAUGUUCCCCUUCCUCAAGUCACUUGCCGCUGUCGCCGAUAACCGGACCCACUACAGCGUGGAAGUGCGGCUUUUCCUGGUGCCGGCGAGCACAGCACAAGCCCAGAUCCCCUAUGCCCGGGUGAACCACAACAAGUACAUGGUGACGGACAAGGCGGCAUACAUUGGGACAUCCAACUGGUCCGGUGACUACUUCACGCAGACGGCAGGGUCGGCGCUGGUGGUGAACCAGACGGGGAGCGGAAUCAGCGCCGGCACCGUGCGGGAGCAGCUGCAGGCGGUUUUUGAGCGGGAUUGGAACUCUCAGUACAGCACCGACAUCGUCGAUGCCGAGAGGUGGGAGAGCGUCUGCGGCUCCCGCUAGGCGCCGGGGAACGGUGAGCCACAGGCUGUGACGGUGCCGAGUCCUGGCGCCCCGCUCCAAUCUGAGUCAAACAAAGAAAAAGAGGGGAAAAAAAGGUGUUUUCUGAAGUCUGUUGCUGUUCCUGAAGCGGAGAAUCCUCCGCACGCGGUGACGGAGAGCACCGCAUCCUUUCCCCAGCGCCCUGCUGGCGCCGGGGGGGGAACCUUCCCGAGUCUCAGCGGUGCCAAACCCAUCCCGGCAGCGAGA